AUGACUUCUAUCCUCCGUCUAGGAAGCAAAGACCGCUCUUCGUUUCUCUUCAGACGACAUGGCACCGAUAGUAGCGGGGACAGUGCACCCGAUCUGCUGGCUCAUCGCCUACCUGAACUGUCGCGGGUCGAUACACGAUCUUUGUUAGAUCUUUUUGACGACUACAACAGAUUCGAGCAUCUUGAAGCGCUACCUAGACUGCAAACAAAUCAGCAUUCUACCACUUCCAAACCACAGAUCCGCUUUCCGGCUGUGGCGGCAAAUGGGGGAACGAACACGGUCAAGUCAUUUAACGACGACGCUGUUCAACACCUCAACGUCGAUCUGGUUCGAAAUGAAUCGACGUCAUCAUCCUCAUACUCUCAGCCCAGCCAGAGGAAUAGCGACUACUCUCCUCUGGUUACGAGGAAUUCGUCAAGCUCGAGUUACGUUCAGGAAUCUUCACACGACAUGUCUGAAGCUCCUUCACUGAAGCCCGACUCGCUGACCUUAUCAACCCGUUCUGCCCUCUCUCCAGCAAUACGAUCGAAGGCACGCAAGAUCCCUCCAGCAGGCGCGUCGGCAGAACAACUCACAUUUCCACCGCCGAACUUGGACAAACCGCUCCCACCUGGGCCUCAUGAACCACAGAAGGCAUCCAUUUCAGUACCGGAUCUCCUCCUUCGGCCGGUACCCGCAGAACUGGCUUCUCACGAGUUGACCGUUCGAUCCGACGAUGUCCGACCUCCUUCAUUCAGGUCGAGGAGUGCUUCAGCAAGGCGCACGUCUGAUGGUCAAGCGUUGGCGGAGCUCCCCUCCUGGAGAUCCAAGUCUGUCCAAGACCACCGAGUCAGACACGUGAAGGUGCCGAACACAAGUCAACUACCUUUGGAUGCUGAUGCCCCGCGGCACGCUGGGGUUGAAAUUGAAAAGCACCGCCGCCACACAGCCGACAUUUUGGUGUCGAAUAGCUUGAAUGACUCCAAGCCAAAGAACGUCAAAGCACGACGAAGGAAAUUAGUCAAGCCAAUCUCAGCAUCAACGGCGGAGCGAGUAAUCUACAAGAUAAUGUGCAAUCUUCACAGCUUGGAAGAUCUUCGGUCAAUGGCCAUGGUUAGCAAGGGCUUCUACCGCACAUUCCAUCGCAACGAGUCCAAUCUGGUCAGCCAUUUGAUCUUCAAAACAUCUCGACCGGCCUGGGAAUUUCGACGAAGUGUCCUGGCUCUCAAGGGGUCAACUGAAUUUGUUCUCAAAGACUAUCGUCGCGACUGCAAGAACCUGACGGCGCUGAAAGCUUUCAUUGUUGCUCACUGCGGCCCCAAUUGUAAGCGGGAUGUACUGGUUGGGCUCCUCGGUCAGAGCGAGGGUCGUACCAAGCAGAUUGACAAUGCGCUCUGGCGCAUCUCGACUUUCUGCAGCCUUUUUGGUAACUCUCAGGAGAAAGCAAGUCCUCCACAGGCAGAACUCGACUGGCUGAAUGGUAGCAGGGUAGCGAAUAAGAACACGGGCGCGGGCUUUGCCGUCGGAAAUGGGAGUGGCCUCAAUACCGAGGAGCUUGAGGACAUGAUUGAGAUCUGGCAAUGUCUGCAGCGACUCCUUUCUGGCUUCGAAGGACGAGAAGCAGACGCCAAGAAAGCUGGUAUAUUUGACAAUUGGCAUCUUCGGGAAACAACCACUGCGGCUCAGCAUCUUGGGGAGUGGAUCUGCUAUCUGCUCACACUCGGUCCUCAGACGAUCUUGGCUCUUUCUUCGUGCUCAUUUGAGCAGGCGAGAAUGCUGGGUCUCACGAGGUGGCCCGCCCCGGCUGCAGGACGGAGCCGAUCAUUCUUUUUGACCGCCGCGAUCACCCAAGUGUAUCAAGAAAGACUUCUCGAGGCGGCCACGCUCAAAGCGGCGCGCUUUUCCAUUACCCGGAUUCCUCCUCCUCCUCCUGCUGCUCAACCACAGCAUCAGCGCAAGCCAAGUCACCGACCCACCAGGUCCUUCGACGAACGGCAGCUGGCCACUCUUCCAGUGCCGACGACGGUGAACCAAACGCAGUCACUCCGAAUCGACACCACGGUGAUGAAAAGAAGACCCAUAUCCAUGAUCGCACAGUCCGACGCCCGCCUUGACAUCCGACCGGAUUGUGAUCCGGCCAGUGACGUUUCCAGGAAUAAGUCACCGGUGUUCCCUGCCACUCCGACCGCCGACCCGACAGUGUUUUACACCCUCGGGAUGACACCGACGGCGAGCACGAAACUCGGAGCCACUUUGUUCCCGGUCGACUACGUCAACCCGGGUCCCCGAGUGCCUUUCCGCAACACCGACCGACCUCACGCUUCGACACCCGGGGUGGUGGACCCCGUGGACAGGGCCAUGAAGGUUUUGGUGCGCGACCUGGGCUUCAGCGAGGUCCGCGCGAGGAAGGCACUUGCCAUGUGCGACACCGGGUCUGGAAUCGACCUGGAAAAGGCCAUCGAGCUGUUGACGAUCGACUCGAAAGACGCGCAGGGUCGGGUCGCCUCGCCCGUCGAGUUGCCGACGCCGUCGAUGGUGUCGAGUGGCAGUCCCGACGGGCCGAAGAGGCGACCCAAGGCCCUCUGUGACGGGCACUGCUCUCCGUCCUCACCGUCGACGACCGCGGCGGCGGCGCACAGGAGACAGCGUUCCACGGGCACGGCCACCGACGCGUCCAUCAGCCCGAUCUCGAUCGGCGACGAAGCCGAGUGGCAGGACAAGAUCUCGCCCCUGGUGACCCCGGCAAACUCCACGGUGCGGCCGAAGAAGUUGCUCGGCCGGGGCGCGAGCAAGGGGGUCAAGGCGUGGAAGGCGCUCGGGAUGGAGAGCGCGCCGAAGCGCAAGAACUCGGUCCUCGGGAUCGAAGAAUACCAGGCCAAGGUCGAGCGCAGGAAGAGCGUGAGAGCCGGGAUGACGGUCGCCGGGGCCAGAGGCACGAGCGUGAAAGAGGGACUCGGCAAGAACCUGCUCGGCCUCGGGUUGGGCAUCGGAAGCGCCAUGGGGCAAAAGUCCGCCGAACAACAACUCCAACAGGCUCGAGACCAGGAGAGGCGCAAGAAGGAAAAAACCUCGAAGAUCAUCUCCAUGCCGCGAUACGCGUGA